UGCACACGACACUAUUAAUCUGUGGCCUAUAAAGGUGCAGCCUCGCGUCCCAAAUUUGACAACAACCUCCUCGGCGGGAAAAAAAGACGUGCAUCUACUUUUCUCCUCAAGAAGACGAUCAAACCACGACAUGGACCCUUGCGACUGCUCCAAGACUGGAACCUGCAAAUGCGGAGCAUCCUGCAAGUGCACUAACUGCUCCUGCACCACCUGCAAGAAGAGCUGCUGCGCUUGCUGCCCAUCUGGAUGCAGCAAGUGUGCAUCAGGCUGUGUGUGCAAAGGCAAGACUUGUGACACCAGCUGCUGCCAGUGAGGAGCAAUCAUGGCCGUCCGCCUGCCAGGGAUUUAUUUGUCUUAUGUCUGAUUUUCAUGUCUUAUCUAUAUAUGUAUUUUCUUCUAUAUUGAAAUAAAUGUUUCCUUUAAAAUCA